GAUCAAAAAAAUUUGAAUGUAUGGAACUUUUGUUGGCCGACAUAAAAAUCAUUAGACAGAACUUCUACAAUGACGAAAAAAAUAACAAAAAUGCGCAGGAUAACAAAUUAGCUCAGAUGAUGAAUGUAAAGGAAAUAAAAAGGCAAAGGAAGAGAAAGAAUGGAAAAUCACACGAAUUUCACACAGAAUUUUAUGUUUGGCAUAAUAGGAAAAAAGUCUUUGUUUGACAAAAAUUAUUUUCAUCCAUUUUUAAUUGCGGCCCAAGAAGAAUUCAUACAAUAGUAAGAAAAAAGAUGCAAGGCAUUGGUAUAAAAGACAAUCGUGGUGGGGACAGGAAGUCCAAGAAAAAUGCACUCAAACUAGAAAGUGUCAUGAAGUUUGUAUCGUCUUUGAGGGGUCAUGAAAGCCACUAUGGUAGAGGCAAGUCUAGAAGAAUCUAUUUGUCAUCUGAAUUAAACAUAAAAAAAACUCUGGA